CUGCGCUCGGGGCGGGGAGCUGGCCCAGCGUCCGGUGCAGCCCGGUCAGGCCGGAGCCAGACGGCGGGCCGGUCCCGCGCCAUGGGCCGGCUGGUGGCUCUGAGUUUGCUGGGCAUCGGGCUGGCGCUGCUGGGCGAGCGGUUCCUGGCGCUCAGAAGUCGACUUAAAGCUUCCAGAGAAGUAGAAUCUGUAGACCUUCCAAACUGCCACCUCAUUAAAGGAAUCGAAACUGGAGCUGAGGACAUUGACAUUCUUCCUAAUGGUCUGGCUUUCUUUAGCGUGGGCCUCAAGUUCCCAGGGCUACACAGCUUUGCACCAGAUAAGCCUGGAGGGAUACUGAUGAUGGAUCUCAAAGAUGAGAAGCCGAGGGCGCUGGAGUUAAGAGUCAGCUGGGGCUUUGAUUUGGCUUCAUUUAACCCACAUGGCAUUAGCACUUUCAUAGAUGAUGAUGAUACAGUUUAUCUCUUUGUUGUGAACCACCCGGAAUUCAAGAAUACAGUGGAAAUUUUUAAAUUUCAAGAAGAAGAAAAUUCUCUGUUGCACCUCAAAACAAUUAAACACGAACUCCUUCCAAGUGUGAAUGACGUCAUCGCUGUUGGGCCGGCCCACUUCUACGCCACCAAUGACCACUACUUCUCUGAUCCUUUCUUGAAGUAUUUGGAGACAUAUUUGAACCUACGCUGGGCAAAUGUUGUUUACUACAGUCCUGAAGAAGUUAAGCUGGUGGCAGAAGGAUUUGAUUCAGCCAACGGGAUCACUAUUUCACCUGAUAAAAAGCAUGUUUACGUUGCUGACAUACUGGCUCAUGAAAUCCAUGUUUUGGAAAAACAACCAAAUAUGAAUUUAACUCAACUAAAGGUUCUGCAAUUGGGUACGCUGGUGGACAAUUUAUCUAUUGAUCCUUCCUCGGGCGACAUCUGGGUCGGCUGUCACCCUAACGGCCAGAAGCUCUUUGUGUAUGACCCGAACCACCCUCCCUCGUCAGAGGUUCUCCGCAUUCAGAACAUUCUCUCCGAGAAGCCAUCGGUGACAACAGUGUAUAUCAACAAUGGGUCUGUCCUCCAGGGAAGUUCUGUGGCGACAAUAUAUGAUAGGAAACUUCUUGUAGGCACUUUAUACCAGAGAGCCUUGUACUGUGAACUCUGAAUUGUAUUUUUGGCAUGCAAGUGCGAUAAAGUUUUAACAAAAUAAUCUUUUGAUUAAUGGCUAAUUCUGAGGGUAUUUAACUGUCAGUACUGACCUAGUAAUAUACCACAUACAUAGUUACUCUUAUUUCAAUAAGGAAAGGCCCCACAAUUCUGAUGCACUUUUAGCAUCAAAAGAAAAUGAACUUUAUUAUUGGCUUUGUCCAUUAGUUUGUUUGUUUUAUGCUGAUCCAGGGAGAAAGAAGAAAGCUGCUUUUCCAUGAAGUGAAUGCAUUUUGCACAGAGGGGCUUCACCUCCGUACCUUCACCAUGUAGGAGUCCACUGAAACAGGGAGUGUUAUAAAAAUGUCAUUGGCCUCAGUCCCCAUGCUGUGACUACUGAGUGUGUUGAAGACUACUGAUGGAUAACAUUUUGAUGUUUUGUACUUCCAGCUUUGUUUACUGUUUUACAAGUUAGAAUUGUAUUAAAGACUAACCAAAACCCAUGGGUUUGUUUGUGUUUAAUUCCCAAGGGAGAUUUUUCGGGAGAUGUCAGGAGGGGAGUGACUCCUAGGGAAUUCAGUUGGACAGGAACAAAUGGCUAUAUUAAUUUCUCAUGAAAGCUCAGUGUAAAAGAGCUCUGUUUUGGAAAAAAAUAAAACAAGCGAAUACUGUAGCUCAA